UGCUGUUUUAACAGACUGCUUGAGUGCUUGUGGACCACGAGAUUCUUACCGAUCCCGGCUCCGCCCCGAGGCCUUGCCACAAGUGGCUUACACCUUCUCCUCACUCAACCUCAUUUCCCGAAGAACACCCUCGUUCCCCCCCUCCCACAAAAACCUUUCCCUGUUAGGAUCCUACUCUCAAGCACUACUCAAACCCUUUUCACGAUUGACAUCGUCGCUUCCUUAUCAUCUUAACCCCCUGACCGCCCAAUGAGAGCAUCAUAAAUUCCAUCAAAGACCAUCGCACACACCGCUCGAGAUAGGGCCGUCAUGGCGCGACGGUACGAGAUCGAUGAGCUAUUAUGGCUGCGCCAAUCACCUCUUAUCACAAAACCCUCUGGCCUACCUCCCAUCGAAGAAUGGAUGCCUCAACCUGACACAACCGCCCAGCGCAAACAACAGAACACUCGAGAUCCUAAUAACCCGAAUGACACACCCACAACUACGAAUCGACGACCGAGCAUUUUUGAACCUCGUCAUUCCGCCCGAGGCUCCAAUUCAGGUGCGCUUGUGCCCUCUGAAGAUAUCAUUCUCGGACCCCCGAAGACUGCAUUUGCAUCAUCGCGCAUCGGUGGUAAAGGAUCCUUCGAUCUGACAGAUCGAUCCGCGCGGGCAACCGAGCCAGACGAGAAGAACGAUCGAUUCAAUUUCCGCGAUCGAUUCUUCAAAGAGAAAGAUGCCCCAGAAAGAGACUUGGAGCGUCGCGAUGGGAAGCCAAACCUGAACGGCCGGCGCGGGGACAAGGAGGACUGGAAUGCUGGCCGCCCACGUCGCACCUUCGGCCCCGAGGAACCAGAUCGCAAACCACGCCGAAACGGAGAAUUCGAUCGGUGGGAAAACCGAGAGAAUGCGCGAGACAGCAAUACUGAACGCCCUCAAAACAAAGACCCCCGCUUCAUGAAGAAGGAUGGCACACCGGGAAGAACCAAAUACGAUGGCAACUGGUUCCGCGAUGAGCAAGCCCACGAUGGUGCCGAGGCCGAUGAUGAUAAAGCGCCACUUCGCAACCGAGAAUGGCGUCGUGACCGACACGGAGCGGAUCGCGACUGGAACCGAGGAGGCAAGAUGGAACAGGAGCCUGAAUGGCUGGACAGCAAUGACCGAGAUGAGUCACGACGAGCACACACACAGGAAGAGUUUGAGCGCUGGAAGGUGGCCAUGAAGGCUGGCUCUGGCGCUGCGCAAAAACCCGCUGCCUACGAAGAGAAGAGAGAAGCACCUGUGGAAUCCGAUAUUCCCAAUCAGCAACUGGAGACUCGCCGCACCGACGGAGAGAUCUUCAGUCAAUCUGGCACCCAAUUCGUAGGCGACGUUGCGAUGGAUCGAUUCUUUGGCAUGCUAGGUGACUCCAAACCUGCAGUACAGGAGGUUAGCCCGCCAGCUCCUGUUGAGCCGACCCCGAAGCAUGAAAUCCCUAGCGGCAAGCCUGGAAAGUCCUCUCGGUUUGCCGGAUUGUUUAGUCCUCCACCAGACAGUCCUUCCCGAGGUCCCGAACCGCAGGCUGUUCCCCUGUCCCAGACUGGAGGUACACCAGUCAGUGCCCACAGCGACGCGGACCAGGAAGGUUUCCAGCGCAUUCUCCAGAUGCUGGGUGGGGGUGGUGGUCGAUCCAACAAUGGUACUCCCAACCAGGUCGAUUCAUCGCAUCAACCGCGCUCCAUGUCGAUGAUGUCAGGAGAGCAACCCCGUGGCGCGAUGAACAUGUCAUCUCCUGCACUUUCGCGUCAUGAGUUCACCAUUCCUCCACAGGAGAGUCCCAUGGCACAGUUUGCCGGUAAAGACCACCAAUCUCGUGACAGGGAGAAUCUGCUCCGCCUGAUGCAGCAAGUUCGGAUCGGUCCGCCAUCCGCUGGACAUUUGCCUCAGUCUCCAAAUGCCGGUCCUCCCCCUCCUCCUGGGUUGAUGCCAGAAAUGAUGACCCGCCCCCCGCCUGGGUUGACUGCCCAGAAAACACCCACUUUCUUGGAUGAUCCGGCAAUUGCCAACAUGCAGCGGCCGGAUAGUGAUCAAUUGCGGCGCCGAGUGGCCAAUGGGCCUCCGAUGGGUUACUUUGAUGAGGGACACUACCCCCAAAGCACUCAGAAUGGCCCUAUGACUCCUGGGGGUUCUCGACACCCCCAGGGCCCUCAGCAGCAGCCCCCCAUUCUCCAGCGACCUCCAGGUCUUGAACAUAUGCCACCUCCUGGAUGGACCGGUCAGCCUCCUCCUCAGCAAGGCAAUGGGCCAAUGGGUCCCCCACCUGGAAUUCCCACACCCAACCGUGGCAUGAAUCCCAAUUUCCCUCCUGGAAUGAUGCCCAUGCCUGGUAACCCACCCCCCAUCAACGAGCGACAGGGCUUCCCUCGCGGCCCUCCUCCAGGCAUGAUGCCCCCGCCUGGAUACAUGGGUGGACCCCCACCGCCCGGAUUUCCUCCCAUGCCACCUAACCCGGAGGUUAUGAUGGGACUUGGCCCUGGCCAGGGCCCAUUUGGACCCGGCAACCCGGGUCCCCAGGGACCCCCUCCUUCAUCUCGCCACUUGCUUGAGAUGUUUGGUCAGCCCAACGGCGGAGAUCUUCGAGGUGGUAUGGUUGGACCUGGUCACUUCCGGUAA